AGCGGGGGUGGAGAAGACGAACGGAACGCCGCCGCGAUCAAGGCUCCCCCUGUCUUUCUCUCUUGCCACCACUGUUUGUCAUUUUCUCAUUAUUAGCUUGUCUCCGUUGUUCGGUUUGAUCUGAAGCAUCAACAGUUUGUGGAAUAUUGUAGCAACAGCCAAAAUACCGCUGACAAAAGGGUGAAAAACAUGAGUGUCGAGGCGUACGGGCCGAGCUCGCAGACUCUAACGUUCCUGGACACCGAGGAAGCCGAGCUGCUGGGAGCGGACACUCAGGGCUCCGAGUACGACUUCACCGAUUUUACCCUGCCGAGCCAGACCCAGACUCAAGGCCAAACCCAGAGUCAGCUAGACGGCCAGGUCAAUGGCCCUGAUGGUGUGUUACAGAAUGGAGACGACCCUGUUGUGAAGGCCAGCCAAUUACUGGCAGAGUUGAACUUUGAGGAGGAUGAGGAGGACACUUACUACACCAAGGACCUUCCUGUGCAUGCUUGCAGUUAUUGUGGGAUUCACGAUCCAGCCUGUGUGGUCUACUGCAACACCAGCAAGAAGUGGUUUUGCAACGGCCGUGGAAACACUUCUGGCAGCCACAUUGUUAACCACCUGGUGAGGGCAAAGUCCAAGGAGGUGACCCUGCAUAAAGAUGGCCCCCUGGGGGAAACAGUUUUGGAGUGCUACAACUGUGGCUGUCGCAACGUCUUCUUGCUUGGCUUCAUUCCUGCCAAGGCUGACUCAGUUGUGGUGUUACUGUGCAGGCAGCCAUGUGCUAGCCAGAGUAGCCUGAAAGACAUCAACUGGGACAGCUCACAGUGGCAGCCUUUAAUCCAGGACCGCUGCUUUCUUUCCUGGUUGGUCAAAAUUCCCUCAGAACAGGAGCAGCUCCGGGCACGCCAGAUCACUGCCCAGCAGAUCAACAAGCUGGAGGAGCUGUGGAAGGAAAAUCCCACAGCAACCUUGGAGGACUUGGAAAAGCCUGGAGUAGAUGAGGAGCCCCAACAUGUCCUGCUUCGCUAUGAGGAUGCCUACCAGUACCAAAACAUUUUUGGUCCUCUUGUGAAGUUGGAAGCUGACUAUGAUAAGAAACUCAAAGAGUCACAGACACAAGACAAUAUCACAGUAAGAUGGGACUUGGGCCUGAAUAAGAAGAGGAUUGCUUAUUUCACCCUUCCCAAGACAGACUCAGAUAUGCGGCUGAUGCAGGGAGAUGAAAUUUGCCUGAGAUACAAAGGAGACCUGGCCCCUCCUUGGAAAGGCAUUGGACAUGUCAUCAAAGUCCCUGACAAUUAUGGUGAUGAAAUAGCCAUCGAGUUAAGGAGCAGUGCCGGGGCUCCAGUGGAGAUCCCUCACAUCUUUCAGGUGGACUUUGUGUGGAAGUCCACUUCCUUUGAUAGGAUGCAGAGUGCUCUGAAGACAUUUGCUGUGGAUGAGACUUCAGUGUCUGGUUACAUCUACCACAAACUGCUGGGACAUGAGGUAGAGGAUGUGGUCAUCAAGUGCCAGCUGCCCAAACGCUUCACUGCUCAAGGCCUCCCUGACCUUAACCACUCCCAGGUGUACGCUGUGAAAACAGUGCUGCAGCGCCCCCUCAGUCUGAUCCAGGGCCCACCUGGCACAGGAAAGACGGUCACCUCUGCCACCAUUGUGUACCACCUGGCCAGACAAGGAAAUGGGCCUGUGCUGGUUUGUGCUCCCAGUAAUAUUGCAGUUGAUCAGCUCACUGAGAAGAUUCACCAAACAGGGCUCAAGGUGGUGAGACUCUGUGCCAAGAGCAGAGAGGCCAUAGACUCACCAGUGUCAUUCCUGGCUCUGCACAACCAGACCCGUAAUAUGGACAGUAUGCCAGAGCUUCAGAAACUCCAACAGCUGAAGGAUGAGACUGGAGAGCUGUCCUCCUCAGAUGAGAAGCGCUACAGAGCUCUGAGGCGCACUGCUGAGAGAGAGUUGCUUAUGAAUGCUGACGUGAUCUGCUGUACGUGCGUUGGGGCAGGAGAUCCUCGUCUGGCGAAGAUGCAGUUCAGAUCUAUCCUGAUCGAUGAGAGCACCCAGGCCACCGAGCCAGAGUGCAUGGUGCCUGUAGUCCUUGGCGCCAAGCAGUUGAUUCUUGUGGGUGAUCACUGCCAGCUGGGACCUGUGGUGAUGUGUAAGAAGGCAGCUAAAGCAGGCCUGUCCCAGUCUCUGUUCGAGCGUCUUGUAGUUUUGGGGAUCCGACCAAUCCGUCUGCAGGUCCAGUACCGCAUGCACCCGGCCCUCAGUGCCUUCCCCUCCAACAUCUUUUAUGAGGGUUCUCUGCAGAACGGAGUCACUGCCGCGGACCGUGUGAAAAAAGGCUUCGACUUCCAGUGGCCCCAACCCGACAAGCCGAUGUUCUUCUAUGUCACCCAAGGCCAAGAGGAAAUUGCUAGCUCUGGAACAUCUUAUUUGAACAGGACUGAGGCAGCCAAUGUGGAGAAAAUAACAACGAGGUUGCUGAAGGCUGGAGCAAAACCUGAUCAGAUUGGUAUCAUCACUCCCUAUGAGGGUCAGAGGUCCUAUCUGGUCCAGUACAUGCAGUUCAGUGGCUCCCUCCACACCAAACUCUACCAGGAGGUGGAAAUAGCCAGUGUUGAUGCUUUCCAAGGGAGAGAGAAAGACUUCAUCAUCCUGUCCUGCGUGAGGGCCAACGAGCACCAGGGCAUCGGCUUCCUCAAUGAUCCCAGACGUCUUAACGUGGCUCUCACCAGGGCCAGAUAUGGCGUGAUCAUUGUGGGAAACCCCAAAGCCCUGUCCAAGCAGCCUCUGUGGAACCACCUGCUCAAUUACUACAAGGAGCAGAAGGUCCUGGUUGAAGGCCCGCUCAACAACCUGAGGGAGAGCCUCAUGCAAUUCAGCAAGCCCCGCAAGCUGGUGAACACCAUCAACCCUGUGAGUUUAGUGUGUUAUGAUUAACUAAGUGCAUUUAACAUGCGUUCUACUGCAGGGCGUUCGUCCAACAUGUAUUUCCAGACGCAUGACCAGAUCGGUAUGAUUGGCACAGGUGCCAAUCCCAUGUCCUCCAUGAACAUCCCGAUCCCCUUCAACCUUGUGAUGCCUCCGAUUCCUCCACCAGGAUACUUGGGACAGGUGAAUGGACCUACAGCAGGUCGCGGUGGCGGUCUAAAGGGCAAAUCGGGCAGCGGAGGAGGUGGGGGAACUCGAGGUGGCCGUCAAAGAAACCGUGGAAACCACAGCGGUGGAACCGACCGCGGACAGCAUGGAGGUCAAAUGACUACAAGCCAGACUAGCCAGGACCAGGGCUCCCAGCCGUUCUCCCAGGGCCCUCUGACGCAGGGCUACAUUAACAUGAGCCAGCCAUCACAGAUGAGCCAGCCUGGGCUGUCCCAGCCUGAACUCUCCCAGGACAGUUACCUUGGAGAUGAGUUCAAGUCUCAGAUUGAUGUGGCUUUGUCCCAGGAUUCCACGUACCAGGGGGAGCGGGCCUACCAUGGUGGUGUGACUGGACUGUCCCAGUACUAGACUGUUGCAGGAAAGGAGCUAGGCCUGUGUGAAGCUUAGUUCAUUGGUAUUUUAAUCUGGGUAAUAACAAAAAAGAACAAACAUGGAUACCCGUUUUCCACUGCUACAACCGAAGCACCACUGUGUGAAAGUAACAGGAGAGAGACCGUGAGAAACCAACCAAUCACAAGAGUGAGAGUAAAAAUGGGAGUAGAGCUGGACAGGACGAGAGCAAGACGGAAAGAGUGGGAGACUGGUAGAGGAGAGAAGGCACUGCUGCUCACACGCGAAGACAUAGCAAAGGAGAAAGCUGUUGUCCUCGGAGCGGCGCAGUUGGGAGAGGUGAGACCUUCAUCAGGUCGAGGAGGGCGAAAAGAUCUGAGGCAUUCUGGAGGGGGGAAAGGGGCCGACUGCGUCAUCUUGUCCCUCGCGUGCCCCCGAACCCUCGGAUCUCCAGGCGGUGUGGUUGGGAUUCUUGCUCCAAAAGCUGAGAAAGAAGGAGAAGAGGUGUCUCACACAAGUCCUCCAAGCUAACAACAGGACGUCCACUGUGACUUGGAGUGAGAGAGAAAAACAAAUGGAGACGCAGCUCUUGAAGCAGUUGACAUGGCAACCUUUUUAAACUCAAAGCUUGAAUCGAGGUUCUGCAUUUGAUCACAUUUUUAAGCAACCGGGAGAAACGUUUGGCAUCUCAACAGAACUCAGAAAUGCUUGUGGUGCUGUGCCUCAGAAGUUUAAAAGAAAUUUGAGGACUAACCAGUUAUGGGUCAUUUGCUUUGCUUUCUCAGCUUUGAGUUGGAAAGUUUUCUAAAUAAAGGCUGUUUUCAUUGAGGGUUUUCAGUGACGCAAGCUAGUGUAGUUGGCCAUCUUUCAAGGCGGGUCUUUCCCUAGGUGGUCUGCAAAGAACAAAGUGGUGGAAGAAGCUCUUAAAUGUGUAAACGUAAAAAAGAAAAACAUUUUUGUCUCCAAAUCUGAGCUCCGAAGGCCUGCGGAUCGUGAGAUAAUUUUGUUUUUGUUUUUUGUUUUGUUUUGUUGUUCUUCUUUGUGUCUUUUUAAUAGUGCAAAAGGACGAGUGAGGGCACUGUAACCAGCUUGUAACUGAAUAAAGCUGUCAUUCUUUUCUGCUGACCCCUCCCCCAAAGCUGCUAAAGCUAGCAGAUAGCAGUCGCCAAGCACAUAUAGCUGAAAGCGCCUGAUAAGCCGAAUCAAGAGGGCAGAACUUCCCAAAGAGCCUUGCCCUGAAGUCAGACGUCAUAAAACAUGCAGACGGUGAGACAGAGGUGUAAAUGGUACAUGUGGUGGAGUACUUGACAUGAAUGCUCACUGAAAAGGAGGGUGAAAACAUGUAAGGCUCAACUGUACAACGGACAACUUGGUUUCACCACGUUGGACACAGAUGUUUUGAUGAUGCAUUUGAGAAGUCGACCGAUGACACAUUUAGAGGUUACGCAUCUUAGGUGAAGUUACCUUCAAAUUACGAACACAUGUAACCCAAGUUUAACAUUUAUGUAGAUAAGCACCCCCCCACCCCCCAUUCCUCUUGAUUUUCUUUGCUUUUUGUUAGUCUUUAACCUAUAGAAGAGUGUGAAACUGUUAAAGCAGUAGUACAAUCAUGUUGAGGACAGAGCAGUUAGUUUGGUCUAUGAUGAACUUUGUAUCUCUGUUUCAGUACUCGGUGUUGUAAGUUCUCGUUUCGCACUAGUGAAGCUUACAUCAGUAUCUUUCACCGCCUCAUGUUAUCCAUGUGAUGCUAAAAGCUUUCCUUUUUAUGUUGUUGAAUCCACGAUACUGAAGAACUUUGUCAUUUUCUGAGCGGUAAUGGCUUCGGAUUGUCCACUCUGAGCCAAAGCGUCUUUUAAUAAUUUUAACAUCCUGUUGUAGAUGCUAAGAGGGCAGAGCGUGUGGUGAAGAUUGCUCAGGCUGCCAAAGAGAAAAGGCAUCCACAGGAAUGAAACCUGCGAAGCGUGAAUUAUUGUUUUUUCUUUAAUGCUACAAUAGUCAAGUUAAGUAGGUGUGUCUUUAUGCUGUGUAGGACAUCAAAUUAAUAGUCUCACCCCAUUUAUAUAUCUGUAGAUUUGCUCUAAAUUAUUCUUAGACUCCACAUCUUCAACUUUGAAAACUGCUCUGCUUUACCUUUUACAUAAAAAUCACCAACAUAUAAAACAUCUCAAACCUACACGUGGUUUUUGCACGUCUUAUGAACUGAGGCUAACUUUUGAGUUCUUCCUCUGUACUUUUGCUGUGACCUUGUUUGGCUUAUUGCUGUUUAAAGCUGAAGUGAACAAUGUUUUUAUGUUUGCUGCACUGUUUUUUUUGUUUUUGUUUUCUUCCCACUAACUGAUGUUGGUGCUGAAAAAGUGUACUCACAAAAAGAAAAUCUUGUGUUAAUAAUCUUGGAAAAUUAAAGUUUGCUUCUUUUUGCUCA